AUGGACCCAACUUGCACACGAACUGCUUUAAGAACCAGUCUCUUCCUCUUCCUUAUGUGGUGCCUCUCUUUCCUUUCCACAGCAGACGAUAUUUAUCAUCCCACUGACCUCUUUAGCAUCAGUUGUGGCUCAUCGACCAACUUCUCCACUCCCGACACUCGGAAUUGGACUUCAGACAAUCACUUCCUCUCUCCAACAAACCCCUCAGUCGCUGCUCCUUCACUCACACCAUCUACCAUACAGGGUCCCUACACCCAUGCUCGUCUCUCUUACUCCUCAUUCAAUUACUCCUUCCCUGUCACACCAGGCCCCAAGUUCAUUCGUCUCUUCUUCUACUCUACUUCAUACCAUAACUUCCCUCGCUUCCAAGCCUCUUUCUCAGUCACAGCAGGCCCCUACACCCUCCUUCAAGAUUUCAAUGCUUCCCUCAACGCCGACGCAGAUGAUGACCCUAGCCACUCUGACAUCUUGUUCAGAGAGUAUUGCGUUUACUUUGGAGACGGUGAGAACCUGACUAUAACCUUCUUUCCCAGUACUACUGAUUCAUACGCUUUCAUCAACGGGAUCGAGAUUGUUUCGAUGCCCCCUUAUCUCUACUACACCGAUCCUCACUCCACAGAGCAGCCGCAAUAUGUUGGCAAAAUGACUCCAUAUGUCACUGAGCACAAAUUUGCUCUCGAGACCAUGUUCAGGUUAGUCGUUUCCGCUGAAAUUCCUUCCUCAGGGGACACGGGUAUGCUCAGAACGUGGAAACCUGACAUCAAGUACGUAACUACUCAAUAUUAUCAACCAGUUGAUUAUGAGAAAAUUAAAAGGCUGACGUUCAUUACAACCUAUAACUACACGGCACCAGACCAAGUGUACAGAACCGUUCGGAGUAUGGGACUUAAUGCCUCUAUCAACAUGGGUUUCAAUCUCACAUGGCAGCUUCCUGUUGAUUCUGACUUCACCUACAUGAUACGGUUACACUUUUGCCAGCUUGAUCCGAGGGUUAACAACACUGGUGGCGUGAUUUUCAAAAUCAUCAUAGCGGAUCAGUUGGCAAGCAACUGGACAGACGUUCUCAUGUGGACUGAUAAUCAGAGGGGUGUACCGGUGGUUAAAGACUACGUAGUUUCCAUCUUAGCCCCAGAUAAUCAGAAAAAGGCAUAUCUUUCUGUGAAAUUACACCCUCACGAUAAAAGCUUGAUCAAAGACGCCCAACUAAACGCAAUUGAACUCUUCAAAAUAAGCGACCCAACAGGUAAUCUCGCUGGGCCGAACCCAGACCUGCCUCCAUUAUCAAAAACUAAAAAGAGCAGAACCCCUGCCGCCGUUGCAGGGGCAGUUUCGGGUGUCCUUUUGUUCUCCUUUAUUGUCGCCUUUUUCCUCAUCAAACGCCGGAAGAAUGUCGUUGACAACAAGGGUCCCAAUAAAAAGGAAGGAACUUCUCGGAGCAGCGGCUCAUUACUGAUACCUACCGCUCUCUGCCGACAGUUCUCAAUGGCCGAAAUGAAAGUCGCAACCAACAACUUCGACAAAGUCUUCGAGGUUGGCGUCGGAGGCUUCGGCAACGUGUACAAAGGUCACCUCGACAAAGGCUCAACUACUGUCGCAGUCAAAAGGCUUAAACCGGGUUCUCGCCAAGGUAUUCGCGAGUUCAAGAACGAGAUCCAAAUUCUGUCUCAACUUUGUCACCCCAAUAUCGUUUCCCUCAUUGGUUACUGCUACGAGAACAACGAGAUGAUCCUCGUUUACGAUUUCAUGAAUCACGGCAACCUCAGUGACCAUCUCUACGACACUGAUAACCCGUCUUUGUCGUGGAAACGUAGGCUCCAGAUAUGCAUAGGUGUUGCACGAGGAUUGCAUUAUCUGCAUACAGGUGUGGAGCAGGUGAUCAUUCACCGUGACGUGAAGAGCAGCAAUAUCUUGUUGGAUGAAAAAUGGGUGGCGAAGGUUUCAGAUUUCGGAUUAUCCCGAAUUGGGGGGCCCAGUGGUUCUUCGAUGAGUCUCGUGAGCGUGAACACUGAGGUGAAAGGUAGUAUUGGAUAUUUGGACCCAGAAUAUUACAAGCGAUACCUUUUGACGGAGAAGUCUGACGUGUACUCACUUGGAGUGAUGUUGUUGGAGGUGUUAUCUGGGAGGAAGCCUUUGCUCCCUGGGGAGGAAAAGCAACGAAUUUCACUUGUUAAUUGGGCGAAACAUUGCUAUGAGAAGGGAACUCCGAAUGAGAUUGUGGAUACAGAACUCAAGGACCAGGUAGCACCUCAGUCUCUGCGCAAAUUUAUUGAGGUUGCAUUCACCUGUUUGCUUGAAGACGGGACUCAACGACCUUCCAUGAACGAUGUCGUUGAGCUGUUGGAAUUUGCUCUUCAGCUUCAGGAUGGUGUUGUUAAUGGUGCGUUGCAGAGUGCUCUUAAUUAUGAAGAUUGUAACACCCCCAAAAACAGCAUUAUUUAGGCCUCUAGGCUUUACUAAAUCCUACGCUUUCAACCA